AAUAAGUCCAUCCGUGAAAGUUCCUUGCUACUAAAUAUUCUAUGGUCACCUGUUCGUGGUAUUAUAACAAAGUGGAAGCAACUGGGAAUAGCAGCUACCCAGCCACAAAGUAGUAGGCCACAUAAAAUGACAGAGCUGGGUCAGCGCAUGCUGAAGCGCACAGUGCGCAGAAGUCGCCAACUGUCUUCAGAGUCAAUAGCUAAAGAUCUCCAAACUUCAAGUGGCCACAGAGAGCUGCAUGGAAUGGGUUUCCAUGGUCGAGCAGCUGCAUCCAAGCCUUACAUCACCAAGUGCAAUGCAAAGCGCCAGAUGCAGUGGUGUAAAGCACGCCAUCACUGGACUCUA